CUGAACAAUCAAUUGACCUAGAUGUGCAAACAAAAGAACAAAUAUAAACGCGAAUACAUAAAGAACGUCGCCUGAAUAUAAGAGCAAUUUGCCUGUAUCGGGGAGAGAAGCACAAUCAAUUUCAAACUGAGCGGAGAGCCCCUGAGGAUAUUGCGUCUACAAUUUCAAGAGCUUGAGCAUCAAAGGAAGCCAUGACUGCUUUCCUGUUUCUUCUGUGUUGUUUUGCUGCAGCAUCUGCGGAGCCAGUAAAGGACAAUACAUCUUGCUGUGGUGGAGUUGGGAAGAAUGUUCAAAAAUGGUUCCAAAAGCUUGGAUCUUUGUCAGAUGAAAUCGCAGCCAGCUGUUCAAAUUUGCCAGAGGCUGACAAAGUAAAUGCUUUGGAGGUUGAAAUAAGGGGUGUGGAGCAAGGAUGCAAGAAAAAUGCAAGUUUUGUUGCACAAUUUGCAACUGAAACUGAAAUGAAGCUGAAGGAACUGGAAGAGAAGAUAGAGAAACUCCAACAGCAACAGGCGUCGAUGGUACUCACAAAGAAAUUGCAGAACGGAGUACUUGAGAAAAUGGGUGACGUAUGUAAUCUUCGAUGCAUUCCGGGUACUUAUGCAUUUCCAGGCAAGAAUUUUUCAUGCAAAGAGAGUGAUUACUGUGCUGAAGCUAGAUGUGUUCCUGUCACGUCAUGCAAAGAAAUAAAGAAACUGAUGCCAGUUGCAAAAAGUGGCGUAUAUGCGAUUAUCAGGAAAGAUGGCGGGCCUUCUUAUAAUGUUUAUUGCGACAUGACAACUGAUGGCGGUGGCUGGACACUUGCAGCCAACAUAGCCAAUGGCGAUAGCAACAAUUGGAUAUUUGGAGACAAAGACAGGGACUUUGGUGAUUCUGCGUCACUUUGGGAGAAUGACAUGACACUGGGAACCGUAGACAACGCAACAAUCAACAGGCCUCAAGAUUUCAAAAGCAGAGCUUUUUUAGAGGUAGACUCAAGAGAACUUCUGAUUACCUAUAAAGGAAAACGGUAUAUUCAAACCGAUGGAAAUUGCCUGGGAGGAAUUUCCCUGAAACGACUCUUCAACGUCCUCAGAUUUUCCUGCGCUGGCAGUUCUUACAAUUGCUACUAUGGAAAGUGCAUGGGAACCGGCUGUAACUCUGCGAGCUCCAGAUGCGAUCAUUCCUGUGACAUUGCCAAGUUUUACCCACCUUCCGUGACGUCAUCGGAGCCACUAUCCAAUGGGAAAAUGCCGUCAAAGGUUUUGAUGAAAACCGGAGAAGCUGAGGGGGCGCAGGAUGGAAACAAAGACAGAGUUUACAUUUCAACAUUGCCUAGUAGGAACAGUGUUGACUACGUAAACGGACUGGGCAGCUUUACGUCUCUCAGUGGAAACAUCAAGAAGACUGACAUCAGUGUUCACGAUGACGUCAGCAAGGAAUCGUCAGACCGCACUUUGUUCUACGGACUGUUUGUUCGCUAAGCAAAAUAUAUCAAGCUAAUCAUAAUGUUUGCUGAUUUAUAUCUGAUGAAGACUUUCGUUCAUGCU